AUGCAUUCUUUCUUUCUUUCUUUCUUUCUUUCAUUCAUUAAUUCUUUCUUUUUUUCUUUUAUUCAUUCAUUCAUUCAUUCUUUCUUUCUUUCUUUCUUUCUUUCUUUCUGUGAGAUAAUACAAUGUAUAAAUUCUGUUUACAGCCCACCCAAAUAUAUAUAUUCAAAUAUUUCUCUUCCUCUCCUUCUAUUUCACCACUUUCUCUUUAAAUACCUCUCAUUCUCACUGUGCCUCUCUGUUUGUCUCUCUCUCUCUCUCUCUCUAUAUAUAUAUAUAUAUAUAUAUAUAUAUAUAUAUUUAAUCUAUCUAUCUAUCUAUCUAUCUAUCUAUCUAUCUAUCUAUCUAUCUAUCUAUCUGCGUGUAUUCAUUAUCUAUCUGCGCGUAUUCAUAAUCUAUCUAUCUAUCUAUCUAUCUAUCUAUCUAUCUAUCUAUCUAUCUGCGUGUAUUCAUUAUCUAUCUAUCUAUCUAUCUAUCUAUCUAUCUAUCUAUCUAUCUUCGCGUAUGCAUUAUCUAUCUAUCCAUCUAUCUAUCUAUCUAUCCAUCCAUCUAUCUAUCUAUCUAUCUAUCUAUCUAUCUGUGUGUAUCAUAUCAUAUCUAUCCAUCUAUCUAUCUAUCUAUCUAUCUAUCUAUCUAUCCAUCUAUCUAUCUAUCUAUCUGCGCGUAUUCAUUAUCUAUCUAUCUAUCCAUCUAUCCAUCCAUCUAUCUAUGUAUGCAUUAUCUAUCUAUCUAUCUAUCCAUCUAUCUAUCCAUCUAUCUAUCUAUCGUAUUCAUUAUCUAUCUAUCUAUCCAUCCAUCUAUCUAUCUAUCCAUCCAUCCUAUCCAUCUGUGUGUAUGCGUAUCUAUCUAUCUAUCCAUCUAUCUAUCUAUCUAUCUAUCUAUCUAUCUAUCUGCUAUUGCAUUCAUUAUCUAUCUAUCUAUCUAUCUGCGCGUAUUCAUUAUCUAUCUAUCUAUCUAUCUAUCUAUCUAUCUAUCUAUCUAUCUAUCUAUCUAUCUAUCUAUCUAUGUGUAUGCAUUAUCUAUCUAUCUAUCUAUCUAUCUAUCUAUCUGCGCGUAUUCAUUAUCUAUCUAUCUAUCUAUCUAUCUAUCUAUCUGUGUGUAUGCAUUAUCUAUCUAUCUAUCUAUCUAUCUAUCUAUCUAUCUAUCUAUCUAUCUAUUUAUCUGCGCGUAUUUAUUAUCUAUCUAUCUAUCUAUCUGCGUGCAUUCAUUAUCUAUCUAUCUAUCUAUCUGUGCGUAUUCAUUAUCUAUCUAUCUAUCUAUCUAUCUAUCUAUCUAUCUAUCUAUCUAUCUAUGUGUAUGCAUUAUCUAUCUAUCUAUCUAUCUAUCUAUCUAUCUAUCUAUCUAUCUACGCGUAUUCAUUAUCUAUCUAUCUAUCUAUCUAUCUAUCUAUCUAUCUAUCUAUCUAUCUAUCUAUCCCAAUAUGUUAAUGUCUCUCUAAUCUCCUAUCAGUCACUAUUUUCCAUCAAACUUAUUGCGUUUAUACAAUUAAUAUGCAUAGAAUACUUCGGCAAAGUGAUACUAUCUAUCUAUCUAUCUAUCUAUCUAUCUUAUAUUAUAUUAUAUUUAUACACUUCGCUAAAGUUAUAUAAUGUCUAUCUAUCUAUCUAUCUAUCUAAUAUUAUAUUAUAUUUAUACACUUCGGUAAAAUUAUAUAAUGUCUAUCUAUCUAUCUAUCUAUCUAUCUAUCUAUCUAUCUUAUAUUUAUUAUAUUAUCUAUCUAUCUAUCUAUCUAUCUAUCUAUCUAUCUUAUUAUUAUUAUAUGUACUACACUUCGGUAAAGUUAUAUUAAGUAAUAUCUAUCUAUCUAUCUAUCUAUCUAUCUAUCUAUCUAUCUAUCUAUCUAAAGUUCUCAAGAUUGUGGCACCCAAUGAUGAUCAAUCUCAUUACAUUGUAGCAGUAAUACACUUGAUAAUUAAUAUACAAUUUCUGGUCAAUCCAUUCUUCCUUUCACCCAACUCUUCCACACUCUUUCCUUUCUCUCUCCCGCCCUCCCUCCCUCCCUCCCUCCCUUCCUUCCUUCCUUCCUUCCUUCCUUCCUUCCUUCCUUCCUUCCUAUCUAUCUAUCUAUCUAUCUAUGUUAAUGUUUCUAUCCAUCUAACCCAGUCUGGUCAAUCCAUUCUUCCUUUCACCCAUCUCUUCCACACUCUUUCCUUCCUCUCUCCCUCCCUCCCUCUUUUCUUCCUUUCUUCCUUUCUCCCUCUGUCCAUUCCUUCCUUCCUAUCUAUCUAUCUAUCUAGCUAG